UGGGACGGGACGGGAAUGGAGCGGUGGGCCGGGCCGGGCUGGGGUUCCCUGUGGGGGGCCGGCUGGGGCCGCUGGCCGGGCUGGGAGCUGCUGGCCGCCUGCGCGGUGAUCGGCGUGAUAGGCUGGCUGCUCCGCUUGCUGGACAGGAGGCCGGGCGGCCGGAGGGCUCUGGGACCGCUCCCCUCGCAACCGCCGCUGUCCAGGGGGAGCCGGCGCUGCAGUGGGAGCCGCCCAGGUGAAAUAACAAUGGAUACUAUAUUGUCUCGACUGAAGCAGUUAACACCUGAUGAUCUUAGAGAAGAAAUUGUGAAAGCUGGACUGAAGUGUGGACCCAUUACCUCAACCACCAGGUUUAUUUUUGAAAAAAAAUUGGCUCAGUUUUUGUUGGAACAAGAGGGAGAAUUGGAGAUUAAUGCAUCCACUAUUGCAGAGAAAUCUUCUGAAAACACUGCAUUUGAUAGUAGUCAGUCAGAAAUACAAAGAGCUUUGAAAUCUACUGCAGUGAACCACAAGAGUCAUAUAAAUGUUUCUGAAGAGGGAGACUUUGGGUACAGUAUGGGCCUCAAUCCCCCAGAAGAGGAAGCUGUAAUGCACAAGACCUGUUCUGCAUCAGUCUGUGGAGCAGUAGAUGUUGAUUCACAAAUAAAUGUUCAGACACCAUCUAGAGAUCCUCCUCUGUACUAUGGCGUAUGUCCCGUUUAUGAUGACAUAUUGGCAAGAAAUGAGAAAGUGCAUGUUUAUGAUGAUAAAAAGGAAGCUCUGCAAGCUGUUAAGAUGAUUAAGGGCUCCCGAUUUAAAGCUUUCUCCAACAGAGAAGAUGCUGAGAAAUUUGCAAAAGGAAUAUGUGAUUACUUCCCAUCGCCAAGCAAGUCAUCCUUAUCUUUAUCUCCAGUGAAAAUAGGACCAUUAUUUAACAGAGAUGGCUUAUGCUCUCCUGAGACGGAAACAGUUAAUAAAGAAAGAGCCAACAGUUAUAAAAGUCCUCGUACGCAGGACCUUACUGCCAAACUUCGGAAAGCUGUAGAGAAAGGAGACGAAGCAACAUUUUCAGAACUUAUCUGGAGUAACCCACGCUAUCUGAUUGGAUCUGGAGACAACCCAACAAUUGUACAAGAAGGGUGUAGGUAUAAUGUCAUGCAUGUUGCUGCCAAGGAGAAUCAAGCUGGCAUCACCCAGUUGCUAUUAGACACUUUGGAAAAUCCUGAAUUUAUGCGGCUCAUGUAUCCAGACGAUGAUGAAGUAAUGUUGCAAGAGCGCAUUAGAUAUAUAGUUGACCUUUACCUUAAUACGCCGGAUAAAAUGGUAUUUGAUACUCCAUUGCAUUUUGCUUGCAAGUUUGGGAAUCUGAAUGUGGUUAAUGUGCUUACCUCGCAUCCAGACAUUGUAAAAAAUCCAAGAAACAAAUAUGGUCAAACUCCAGCAGAAGUAAUCUGUGAAAGAAACAAAAAUAAAUCGAUGGAACUGAAAGAGAAAAUAAGAGAAUAUUUGAAAGGUCGGUAUUAUGUGCCACUCUUGCGAGCAGAAGGCAAUUCCUCAGCUCCAGUGAUUGGUGCUCCUUGGUCACCUGAUCAGUCAGAUGAUAACCCCCUUACAGCUUUACCUAAACACAGUGGCAGCCCCAAAGAGCCAGUCUUGUCAGUGAGAGCUUUUGCAGGCCCUAUGACUCCCUGCAAGGCAGAAGAAUUUCGCAGGCUUUGGAAAACUCCACCUAGAGAGAGAGCAGGCUUCUUUCACAAUGUCAGGAAAUCCGAUCCAGAAAGAGGAGUUGAAAGAGUUGGAAGGGAGUUAGCUCAUGAGCAGGGGUUCCCGUGGGUUGAAUACUGGGAAUUUCUGGGCUGUUUUGUUGAUCUGUCUUCCCAGGAGGGGUUGCAAAAAUUAGAAGAAUACCUGAGUCAACGGGAAAUGAGUGAAAAGGCUCAGCAAGAAACAGGAGAAAAUGAAACCUGCAACAGAUAUAAAACUCCGCAUCCUUUUGGCAAAAGUAAAAAAUGCUGCAAUUCAAUUUCUGUGGGAGCAUUUUUAGAUGAAGAUGAUGAUGACAUGAGCUUGGAAGAAAUUAAAAACAGACAGAAUGCAGCACGGAAGAACAGCCCUCCUGUUGUGUCUAAGAAAUCAAGUAUAGAUGCUAUUGGAGAUUCGGAGUGUGACAUCCUAUCGAUGGAGCACAAAGUAAACAUUAUAGAAACAUCGGACCUCUCCAUGCAUUACGAGAAGGAGGUUUCAUCCAGCAAAAAUGGAUUUUGCAGCCCUGUAACUAAUGAGAGGAUAACUAGUGACAGAAAACAUUCACGUGGUGGAGAGGAGUGCCUUAUAUCCCCAGUCUCCAAUUUAAUGACGGAAUUUGAAAGAUUGUCUUUCCAAGGCCAAGCAGUGGCAGGGGAAUGUUUGGUGGGGAAAUCAAACAAAAUCACUGCAAAAACUGAGAAUGAGCAAGUUUUGGCUGAAGGAAUGAGCCAGGUCAGAAUAUCUAAGGACCAGCUGGGUAAAACCUGCUCAGCACUUUCUGUGGCAAGCUGUUCUGAGCCAGCUACUACUGAAAAGCCUGGAGAUACAAAAUUAAGGACAGAAAACAAAAUACCCUCAGAAGCUGAAAGACUGUCAUUGGACCCUGGUAUUUGGGACCAAGACAGACAGCAGCUUGGCAGUCUUGCAGUGCAAUCUGAGUGUACUGCUUAUUUGUGUCAAGAGCCCUCUUCUCAGAGAUUUCUUUUGAAGACUCCAUCAACAAAUGAAAAUACAAAGAAGUUAUUCCUCUUUGGGGAAGAACCAUCAAAGCUGGAUAGUGAUGUCUUAGCAGCUGUAGAAGGAGUAGAAAUUGACCCACAGAAAUACCCUAUUACUUACAAAUGGAAGAAUGCUGUACAGUCCUACUCUUCUUCUGACAGGCAAAGUUGGCCAAGUCCAGCAUUGAAAGGAAGGUUCAAGUCCCAGUCUGUUGCAGCAGGCCCACCAAAUGGUUCAACGUACUCUAGCCCAAGAAGAAAUAGUCCGGUGCUGGGCAGCCCAGGGAAAUAUGGCAAUGUUGCUUCAUUUUUUCCAGAUCUUAGGAGUCCUGGGCGGUACAGUCCAGCGUAUGCCAACAAUAUACUGUUGUUAAAACUGCAUCACUUGUCAAAACCUCCUUCCCAUUAGAACAUAACUCAUCUUUCUGGGACUUUAAUUAUAUUUUUAUUUUAAGAGUGGAGGGAAAAAAUUGUAGCAUUGCUAAGGUGACAUGAGGAAGUGUCUUUGGCCAUUUAUUUGUCCUCAUUUGAGGACAAAUACACAUUUUAAAAAAUAAACGUCUUUACUUCAUGUACCAGAUAGAUUACUGGUGAUUUGCAAGAAGUUCUCUUAUCCAGUAGUUAUACAGUAAAUAACCCUUAUUCUUGUUAACAGUAGAGCAGUGAGCUGAACCUUUCAAUUAGUGAUUCCUGCUAGAAAUGGUGGUGGUUACUGUAGGCCAAAUGUGAUAGUCAGAAGGAACCCAGAGAUGCAUUUUUUUCACCUGGAUAACUUUGAAGCAUCUUAUCAAUAAACAGAACUCUAGGUUAGAGGGAAGUCAAAUGCAUUCAUAUUUCAUUUACAACAGGGGAAAAAAUCAAAUUAAAGAACUGAAAGUUUAAUGUGGGCGGUUACCUAUUCCCUGUUCGAGUAAGAAUUUGCCUCCCCACUGCCCAAUAGACAACAGUUCAGUCUAAACACUAAGAAAUGUCUAAAAUGAAGAGCAGCCAGAGACUUUGACGGGUCACUUCUCAUUCUGAGGAUAAUAAAAACACAGAUUCAGAGUUUUAAGAAAAGGGCACUAUAGAAAUUAGUGAUUUAGGGUUGGGUUAGUUUGAUGAUAAAAGCUCAGCUUUUCCCCCAAAAAACUUUUGCCAUUUGCAGACUUCACCAGUAAUUACACAAAAGCACAUCAGCAAUAAUUUAAGUACGUUUACCAGUGAUGUAUGUUAAUAGUCCAGUUUAAUGUGAUAUAUUAUGGGGAUAAACAGAAACUCAUGAAGUGGUUUCUUAUUUCCUAAGUGUUAAAAGGGAUGAAUGACUGAGACAUUGUUUUUAUUGAAAUACAAAUUCUUGUCUGUAGUCGAGAUAUAGUAACUACCUUUUUGUUAGCUACAAUUAAAAAUAAUUUAAUUUCUCAGUAUUCUUCAAGGAUGAACCCUUGCGAUAGUGCUAUAUGGAAAUGUUUCUAAACGUGAAACAGACACGCAGAGUGUAGAUUUUGAUAGUUGUGUUUUUGCUUAAGAAAAAGCUUUCAGUACUGUAAUUCUCUAUUAUAGUUUCUAUCUCAGAAUUAAAAAUAAUCUUUAUGAUAGACAUCUGAUCAAAGGUACCACAGGCAUGGGAGUAGAAAGGAUAAAUUAUUCUGGUUGAUAACACUACUACCCAUUGCAAGGUAAAAAUAGAACCUCAAAGAGCUUUUGUAAGAUGCAUAUGUAGCUAAAGGAACCCUAAUAGUAGCCAGGAUGUCAUAGUAUAUUGUUAGCCAACUGUGGGACCUUUAUUACAUCACAGAGGCUGGAUUAAACUCGACAAGAUAUGGCUGUUUUGGAAGCUAUUUCACACUAGAGUAAAAUGACUGUUUCUGACACACACACUGUAUACUUCUGAAUAUAUUCAUUGUUUGGUACAAACUUCAAAACUGCACUUAAUGCUUAAUAGUGCCUUUUUGUAACAUUUUUAAAUUAGCAUUCUUGUUUGUGGUUUUAAAAGUGGCAUCCACUUACACGAGACUUUGAAAUGUAGUUUUUUUCCCUCCAAGACUCUGAAUGGAAAAGUAUUCUAAAGGUUUGUUCUAAUGAAAUUGCAGUUACAGAUAUGUUUUGGAACUGUUUAUAAGUGGUUUAAAUGGAAAUUAUUUGAUUCCCAUGAGCUGAAUGUUAGAAAUGAGCCACUACCUUCUAACUGACCAUCAUUCAAAUAUAAUCCACCCAAGUUACUUUUGUUUUUUGGAAGCGAGUCCCACAUAAAUCAACCCUACUUUAUAAGUAACUUUUCCAGUUGCGGUAGGAGUCUGUAUCACACAUACAUUUCAGUUGCUUUAACUUAUUAAAAAUCCAUUUCCCUAAACUUUCUGGACUGUGUGUAGUAAUUAUCCAGCCUAUCCAGCUCAUUGCUUAAAUAUUACACACACACGGUGUGUAUGUAAAAGCUGAAACCAUGUCACAUAUUACUUGUACUGGUGUUAAAAUACAAACCUUAACACUGAUUACUGCAUAUAUAUUUUUUUUCCCCCAGUACUGCCAACAUCUGUGCCGGUCUGAGGCAGCUAUGGGCCUCUAGAUGAUGGAAAUUCCCACUUACAUUGCUGACAUAGGCUCUACAUUCCUGUUUAGAAAUAGCUUAAGAAAAACAUUGAGAAACUGAUGCUUUAGUUUUACCAAUCUCCUGAUUGUGUUUGUCCAUUUCUUUUAUAUGUAUUCAAAUGCAAAUUUCUGGCACAAAAACUUCUCCCAGUUUGUAACUUUUGUUUGGGAGAGAGCAUUUUUUUAGCGACAAAUGCCUUAUUGACUUUGCAUUUUAGUCCAUGUGGGUGUGUUUAAGUAAAUUUAUAAUUUAUUUAAAACUAUAGCAAGUUGUUCAUUCACAAUCGGAGAUCUUCUAGGAGAGGCUGAAGACCCUAGAACUCUAGAUUAGGACUGUUUAGUUUUUUGUAGUUGAACUCUGAUGACAUAAUAUAAAAGACCCUUUGCAAGCAUGAUUUUAAAAUGCUGAGGUUUAGCUGCUGUUCUUUCUCUUGAAAGUAAACAGGUAGUUAAGGUGUCCUAGGGCAAUAGGUGGAUGGGAAUAUGUAUCCGUGUUGCAAAACUGAAGUAGCUUUCUUUGAGAUACCACGGUUUCAUUUCUAUGAUGAAAUUUAAUUGGUGCCUCAAUUAGGGACAUGAAACUAAAGGUUUGGAAAACAUUUCACAACCUGAAAGAUGUCUGUGUCUUGUUGCCAUUUAAAAGAAAUACCCAGGUUUGGGGGGAGAGAAAUUUGUUCCAUGUUGCUCAGCUCAGAGAGAGGUAUUUUACUAGUACAAAAUCUGUACUCUUUAAAUAAGGCUAUUGCCAGCUUAAUUUUGUUUUUAUACAGAUUGUUAUUUUGGUUUUAAACCUUAAUGCCAAUACAAAUGCUGAUUUCUGUACAUGUGCAAAAAUGUGUGUGCUCUUGCCUUCCACCCUGCAUGCAUUUAUGGUUCUUUCAAUACUGUGUAUGUAAUGUGCUGGAAUAAAGUGCACAAAAUAUUCAGCAUUAGACAUUCUGCUACUGAUUACAUAGGGUGGGGGAUUUUUAAGAUGAGCAUAUGCUGUUUCAGGCAUUAGGUUGCUUUUAUUAAUGGUAUUUGUGAGAGAUCAUGAACCAAUUAUAUGGGGGGGGGCAUUAACUGUAGAAAUGUCAUGCUGCUUCAUCAAUACACUUCCCUCUUAGGCCUUGCAGUUUUUGUUCCAAAUCUGAUGACUGCUACACUCAAAGGUACACAGAGAGACCAAUUUUUAUUCAAGUAUUUUAAAAAGCUGACAGACAAAAUUAUUCCAAUUUCUUGCAGUGAUUGCUGAAGACCAUCUGCCACACCCCUUUGUAUAUGAAGAGUUUUGUUUUUAGUAAUCUGUUUCAUUAAAUUGCUCCAACUGCCACAGAGACAGAUGGCUUAAACGGCCUGGAAAAAGUUCAUGGUUUCAACCGCACAGGUUGCUAGGCACUGUUUCUCAUGAUUAAAAUUUCAUAUUGGCUCUGACAAGGCCAAGGUGAGUACCUAGCAUUUUCUUCAAGCAAAACUUGUGUUGUAAAAUGUCCAGUGAUUAGCAUGAUCCUUGUUCUCACCUGACUACGAGUAACUUCCCACACUUAUUUGCU